AUGGUGGCGGACAGCAAACAGACCCCACAGAACCACCAGCAGUCCAAUGGCUUUGUCUUCAAGCCUUUCCUGAUUGGUAUCAGUGGGGGCACGGCUAGUGGCAAGUCCUCUGUUUGUGGAAAGAUUGUGCAGCUCUUGGAGCAGAACGAGGUGGACUACCGCCAGAAGCAGGUGGUCAUCUUGAGCCAGAACAGCUUCUACCGGGUCCUCACUUUGGAGCAGAAGGUCAAAGCCCUGAAUGGCCAGUUCAAUUUUGACCACCCGGAUGCUUUUGACAAUAAACUCAUACUCAAAACUUUCAAAGAAAUUACUGAAGGGAAAACCGUGCAGAUUCCUGUGUACGUCUUUGACUCCCAUUACCGGAAGGAGGAGAUGGUCACCAUCUACCUCGCGGAUGUGGUCCUCUUUGAAUGCAUUUUGUCAUUUUACUCUGAAGAGGUGCGAGACCUGUUCCAGAUAAAGAUCUUUGUGGACACUGAUGCAGACACUAGGCUCUCCCGCAGAGUACUAAGAGACAUAAGUGAAAGAGGGAGGGACCUGUAACAGAUUUUAUCCCAGUACCUUACUUUUGUCAAACCUGCCUUUGAGGAAUUCUGCUUGCCUACAAAGAAAUACGCAGACGUGAUAAUUCCUCAAGGUGUAGAUAAUCUAGUGGCUAUCAACCUCAUUGUGCAGCAUAUCCAGCACAUCCUGAAUGGAGGGCUAUCCAAGCAGCAGACCAAUGGCUGUCUCAGAGGUUACACUCCUGCACAUAAGAGGCAGGCCUCAGAGUCCAGAAGCCACACACAUUGA